GAUGGCGCACUCUAUGGUAACGGGAUCCAUACAUCAUGCAGGCGAAACAAUUUAGCCAGAAAGGACUUUAGAAAGUUUCUUACAGGAAUGUCAGAGAUAAAGCGAGUAAAACCGGCUCGUAGGUCGUCUAAUUCGAGCAUUUCAUCGCGAGCAUCAAACGUGUCGUUCUCGGAGAAGGUUCGAAGAGAAUCGACUGCAAAAUUUGAUAAUUUUAUGAAGGAAUGCCGUGCCGCUUACCUGGCUGUUUUAAGUAGCACUACAGAAAAGAUUACAUCCAUUGAUGAAUUGAUCCUAGGUAAGCAGAUGGAACUAUGUAACUAAUCACAGCUCGAGGGAGUGGUGAGAUUUGUUUUUAUUAGGGGGGAGGGGAGGGCGAGUUGGUGGCGUGAGUUUACCAACAAAUGAUAAGGCGCAAUUAAGAAGGUAUCCGGUCGUUUCGUCCCAUUGUCGUCUCGUUCUACAUCACUUCGUUCCAAUUCAAAGCCACUUCAUACCAUAAAACAGUCGCUUUGUUCCACUGAAAAGUUUUUUGUUCCACAUCAGUAAUAGUCUUUAAGCAAUUAAUAUAGCUUACCUCAAGCCGUAGUCAGUGAUCAUUUCCCUUAUCCUUGUGACCUUAAUGUAUGAUUCAGGGGUGAUAUAUUGUAAGGGGAAAUUAAUAGCUAGUCAUUCUUGGGGGGCCAAAUGGUAAAGAUUUGGGUACUAAUUACAAUCCCAUUUUGCUGCAAACUCGUCAAACUUAUCCGGUAAAAGUUGUUGUCUUGAUCUAACACCAAAGUCUUGUAAUUCAUUUACAAGGAAAAGUAAAGCAGCUAGAAGGGAGAAUUAACAAUCAGAUCUUGAGAGUUAAAGGGCUUAGAUACUAGAUAUACUGUAAAUGACUUGUGGAAUACACUUAUGGCAAGGAGUGUUUCAUUGUCUAUCUUGGCUAGCACUUCAAUUUGGUGGAAGGAAUCCUUCUCGGAAGUUUGCUGAAAAAUAUUGGAAGCAUGAUACAGGUUAGAAGUUGAUUACAUUACUAAAAGGGUUAAGGGAUUAUGUUAAAUAGUAUUUCCCCUUUAACAGGGUUCAUACAUGUCCUGGAAAACCUGGAAUUUUAUUUCGACAUUCUCCAGAAAAAUAAGAAAAGACUAAAAUUCACUGGAAGAUCCUGGAAAUCUACUUCAAUCAAGCAAUAGAGUUUUUAGAAUUUAUGUUUAACUUAUAGGAAAUUUAUGUAGACAGUGAUAAGCAGAAUUGAAAAUUAUGGGGUUUAAGGUGAAAUCUGGAGUCCUGGAUAAAGUCAGAGUCCUGGUAAAGUCUCAGAAAAGUUCUUGAAAUUUGUUUCUGAAAAAAGGGUACAAACCCUGUUUAAGUAUGACCUUUUUAUAGUGAAUUUCAUGAAAUGAAGCUCUCAGAAAUCUUUAUAAAUUAUGUUUUACAAUUUAAUAACGUCAAGUACAUCACAUGAAGUUCAGAAAGUGGUUAAAUGGGAAAAAAGGUUUAGAAUAGUUAUGCUAUGUACUUGAAAUAACAAUCUAAAUUAAUUAAUGUAAUUUGACAGCAGUAUGAUAAUCAAGCAUCGAAAUGAUCCUCAUAGGCAGACUGCAAUUGCAGAAGAGAGGCCUAAAAAUGUUUAGGCUUCAUCGUUAUUUGAAGUCCUGCCUCCCAGAUACUAGUUGGGGGCUACUACCAACUGAGCUGUGAGGCCAUAUGUUGGGAGCAAUGCAAAUUUUAAAGGUUUUAUCUUUCCCUUAAAGGAAUCUGAUCACAGUUUCUUUGUAAAAUCCCAAAGCCUUAAUUUUUCCAGGCUUUUCUUUUCGUAAUUGCUUAACAAAUGAUAACAAAUUAACUAUAAAUAUAAGUCUUUUACUUACAUUUACUUUCUUUUUACAGACAGUAUAUCUUACAAUGAUUUCUGUGACAUUAUGAGGAAAGAGAAGCCUCUUGACAAGGACUCUAUGCUGAAAGCAUUCAAAUGUAUUGAUACUAAUGGCGAUGGAUUCAUAACACAUGAUGAAUUGUUUAGACUUUUGACUAAGGUAAAAAUGUUCUCCUGCUUUCUUAGAUAUAUAAAUCCCUUUCACUCACAAUAUUGAUCAGAAGGUAAUUUCUCCUUACAAGAUCAAUACGUUAUCACAAAGGAAGGUAAUGGAAAUUAUCAUGAAAUUAGAUUAAAACCCUUUAACUCCCAUGAGUGACCAAGAUAGAAUUUCUCCUUACAACAUCAAGGAGAAAUAUGAUGAGAUUAAAGAAAAAUAUUAAUUAGGGGAUUGUUAGUUGACCCAAUACUGAAUUCUACAAACUCACAUCAUAAAUCAGAAUUGUAUGUGAGAAAGAAAGGAGAAUUACCAAUAAAAUCUUGGGAGCAAAAGGGUUAACUCACUUGAUUUCAGACCAGAAUUCCAGAACUGGCUCUGGAGGAAAUGUCUACCACACAUCCAGGAAAAUUGGGAAGUGGAAUGGAUUAAGCCAAGAGUGUCACAAGGGCAAAGGGGGUAGAGGGGGGGGGAUGUGGUUCCAAGAAUGGUCCCAAGAAUGUUUCCUCUCAAAUGGAAGAGACUCAAGAGGUAAUACAUUACAAAACUACUCCACAUGCCUUCUCAUGGCAGUGGUGUAGGACUUUAUUGAACCCUGUGCAAUGAAAAGUCCUGUGGUGAUAACCACAAAAUAAAGUACAAAGAAUUGGAUCCAUAAUUCCCAAUGUUUCUUAUUUGAACCCUAACAAAUUGAUCACAUAUGUUUAUCUUACUUUGUGCUUGGAAUAUCUAUUAUAUUGCAAUAGUUUUUGUUUUCUGAUUGCUUUUAUUCAUUAAUGGUUAAGUUUUGUUAUCCUUAAAGCAAGGAGAACGUAUGACUAAAUCUGAGGUGCAGGCAAUUCUAGAUGAUGCUGAUGUAAACAAUGAUGGAAAGCUGGAUUAUAAUGAGGUUUGUGCUUACAAUUUGUAAUUGAAUUCUAUUACAUAAUGCUUCCUUUUGCUUUUUUAGUUAAGUAUUAACUUCCAACUAGGGAUUUAGACAAUUUUUGAAAUAUCUCAUUAAAUUAAUGUCACAGCUUCUAAAAUAGGGUAAGCAGUUUAGGUGCGAGACCUGGGUGGGUCAAAGUGUUGUGUUCGUGGGCAAAAGGCUUUACUCCCACGGGACCCCUUUCCAUCCAGGGCCGGGUUGUUCAAAGCUGGGUUAGGAUAACCCAGGGUAAGUGUGAAAUCUGAUUUCAGAUCUGAUAACUUUAAAACAAAAUUCAGUCAAAUUCUUUUUGUCUGGAAUAUGACUAUUUGAUGCUCUAAUAAGAACACAGGAAAUUAUCCUAAAAAGGCAUUUGAAUAAAGGAAUAAAGAAACUCAGAUCUAAAUUUAACCUUGGGUUAGUGCUAAUCGACCUUCAAACAACUGAGCCCUGGAGUAUAAAUAGGUACAGGGAAAUUGUCAGGGAAGCCUGAUGAAAUGCAGGGGGGUACAAAACCUUGCAUCCCAGCCAGGGGGUCAGGUAGUAGUGAUACUAUUUGUUGCUUCAUGCUUAAGAAACUGGGAUAAACUCCAGCUGGGUGUACCAAUAGGCUCAAGUACAAACUUUACCUCUUUUAUCUUACAGUAACCUCAUAGAUUCCUGUUCAUCAUCAUUAAAGAAACAAAACAAUAAAAAAAUCCAAAGUUUAAAAUAUUAAAUUUUAUUAUUUUUUCAAGUUUGCAGCACUACUUAUCUCUACAGCAGAGGAUUGUAAACAGAAAAGUCUAAAGAAACUAGCAAGAGCUGAUGAUGACGUUGCUUCUUCUCCUGCACCAUAUUCUGUUAAAAGACAGUCCACAAAUAGAAAAACCCUGCAGGAGCCUGAAAACCUGAAGGUACAACAGCUCUUUCUGCACAGAUUUACAUUAGACUACAGCCAGUAAUUAUAAGUCAGUGUUAUCUUCUAGAUAAGGGUUUUUUUCCACCAUAGAACUGCAAACGCAGCAUAGGUUGGUAUUACUUUUGAAAGAAAUGACAAGGGAGCCCAAAGAAACCAUGGGGCAUAUAAAAUAAGCACUCUUUUUCUGGUAUUUUAAUAUUACUUAAAAAACUGAGUGACAGUGGCAAAUUAGAUAAAAUAAUAUAUAUAGAAUUACUUUUAUUAAUAUAGAAUUGGGACUGGGGUCUAAUGGCGGACACACGCACCGUCAUUAGGCUCUUCGUAUUUCUUAUUCUUCUAGCCCAUCUAGCGGAGCCUAGGUUCACCAGCUUGAUUUACAGGACGGCUAAAGAUACUAACCUGCCAGUCGGACCAUCUCUCAAACUGGAACUGGUUAAAUUUCGCCGGAAACAUCGAGUUAAGUUCGCUGUUCAGAAGACUACUAAACAUGGGCCUGUUAUGAUAUGUCUGCCCGAAGCAGCGUUUGUCCUGCGCCCGUCGGACUAGAAAACAUCAUUAGAAGUGGUGACGUUCACCCUCUACCAGGACCCUGUUUAAUUCAAGACCAGCAAAGGACUUCUGACCGAACCCGACCAACAAUUGCGUAUUCUCCUUCGGCUUUUAUGUAAUUUGGCUGCCUCUAUUAAUAAGCGUCUCUUUGCGUCCUGAAUUAAAACACCGACUCCAAGACCUGGGCAUUCUAUGCUUUGAAUACCUUCACUCAAAAACACAUGCCGAUUCCUGUGAUUUCAAGACCCUGUCAAUCCAGGAAUAUUUACAACUCAAGAUCAAGAAAUUUGAAUAAUUGUGUCUCCAUCUUUACUGGUGUUUAUGUUAAUUCUCGUAGCUGUCCUUUUGUCCCGCGAACAAUAGGAGAGGACGACGAUCGAUUCGGUCAGGAUCACACCUCGCAGCGCAGUCGCGGACCCAGUAAACCAGUAAAUCGUCAACGAGCAGUGAAAGUAAUCAAUCUAACUAAGAUUACUUCUCAAAAACGCCCCAAUUACAGCUUCCCAAGUUUCUACAUGGCAAAUGCUCGAUCGGUCAGGGACAAACUGGACGAGUUGACUGCUCAGCUUUUAACGUUUCACAUGGAUAUUGCAAUUAUUACGGAGACUUGGCUGCAUGACUACAUCGAUAAUAACAUCCUUACCAUUCCAGGUUACAACAUCGCGAGACGUGACCGCCACAACCGAAUAGGGGUGGCGUGUGCGCUGCUCGUGUCUUCAGAGAUACCUUUCAAGCGUAGAUCUGACUUGGAGUCUCCAGAACACGAGUGUUUGUGGCUAUGGCUAUGCCCUCAUCGCUCUACCACGCCCACUAUCUGGUAUUAUAUGUGGGGUGGUGUAUUUUCCUGUGGCCUCUGCGCGCAGUGCAGCGAGAUCGCACAAUGUACAUCAUAGAAACACUAGACUCCGUAAAAGACUUCUUAUCCAGACUGUGGUGUAGUGUUAUUAGGCGAUUUUAACACCCAGGACAUCUCAGACAUGUUAGCCAAUCAUAACCUAAAACAAGUAGUUAUCAGACCCACUCGGGCAAUAGCAUACUAGACCUUAUUUUAACGGAUUUUAGUGAAUACUAUAGCGAACCAAUUGUCAGCGCACAAUUAGGGUCUUCGGACCAUAGCUCUGUUCACUGGAAUCCGCUUUCAAUGAACCAACUAAACCCGCUGUGCGUUGAAAAGAAAAGGAUCCCGAUGCGUCGCUUUCCUCAGUCGGCAAUAAACGCUUUUGGGAGGUGGGCGUGUUCACACCAUUGGUUCAGUGAUUUAGAAGUAGACGGUGACUCACCAUCAGUUGACUCUCUCACUGACUCAUUUACUAAGGAUCUUUCAUCAGCCAGCGAUAUCUACUUUCCAUCCAAAUACGUGAAGAUUCAUCCAAUGGACAAGCCUUGGAUGUCACCUGAGAUUAAGGCUCUCAUAUUAGAGCGCCAACGCGCCUAUCUAAAUGGCCUGGAGGAGAAAUGGCGUCGCCUUGGAAAUAAGGUCAGAGAGGUUAUCACCCGCCGGAAAUGUGAGUUCUAUAAAAACAAAGUUAAUAACCUCAAGAGCACUGACCCGAGGAAAUGGUGGAGUAUGGUGAAUAAGCUUGCAGGGAAGGCUAGCAGCCCUAACGAACUCAGUUAUACUGACGAGGAAGGCAGAAUUAUCUCUGGCGCGACUCUCGCAACACGCCUUAAUGAGUUUUUUGUAUCUGUAAUAUCUGACAUUAAGCCACUUGAUACAAGUGCACUGCCCUGCUACUUACCAUCCCCUCAACCACCCGUAAUCAAGACACAAAGGGUCUACAAAAAGCUACUUGCCAUCAGCGCCUUUAAGGCCCCUGGGCCUGAUGGGAUUCCGACUCGUAUUUGGAAAGAAUAUGCUGCUGAGCUCGCUGAGCCGAUCACGCGAAUAUUCAACACCUCUAUUGCAUCAGGCUCCUUCCCUACUGCAUGGAAAGACUCUAAUGUCACACCGGUACCCAAGGUUACGCCCAUAACCGGUAGGGAAGAUUUAAGACCUAUCUCCCUAACUGCAAUCGUCUCUAAAGUCCUGGAGGAUUUCGUAGUUGAAUGGCUAAUUGAGGAUGUUGUGCACCUCAUCGAUUUCAGCCAAUUCGCUGCCUCAAAGGAACUUCAACCAUCUAUUGCCUGUUGGAUAUGAUGCACAACUGGUUGUCCUCUAUUGACAAACCAGGUAUGUUCUUAAGGGCCUGCUUCCUGGAUUUUAGUAAGGCUUUUGACCAUAUUGACCACACUAUCUUAGUCAAUAAACUCAUCCACCUUGGGGUCCGUGGUUUUAUUAUCCGUUGGAUUUGCAGUUUUCUUUAUGGCCGCCGCCAAGCUGUUAAGAUUAAGAACAUUGUAUCCCCUUGGUUGCCCGUGCACGCUGGAGUCCCGCAGGGGGCACUAAGCUUGGCCCCAUCCUGUUCCUCCUGAUGAUUAACGAUCUCGCAAUUGAAACUCCAUUACUAUCGAGCCACUGGAAAUAUGUAGAUGACCUAACAAUAUCCGAGGUCAUCCCAUCAGGCGGUACAUUGUCCCUUCAGAAAGAUCUUGACGCCAUUGCACAGUGGUCGUCGCGCAAUAAUAUGAACCUCAACCCAAAGAAGUGCAAGGAACUUGUGAUUUGUUCACUUAGAACACGGCCAGAUCUUGGCCCAUUGUGCGCCAAUGGACGCCCCUUAGAACGGGUCUCCUCACACAAGGUCCUUGGAGUCACUAUCAGCGACACUCUUGGGUGGAAUGAGCACGUGAGAUUGUCUCCAAAGCCUCAAAACGUCUUUACAUCUUAAGAGUGCUCAAGCGGUCCGAAUUCCACCAAGACCUUAUUAACAUAUUUUAUGCCCUGGUACGAUCGGUCCUCGAAUACGCCUGCGUCACUUGGUCUACUAGCCUACCAAUUUACCUCAAGGACAUGAUCGAAAGAGUUCAGAAAAGAGCUCUGAUAUUAUUUCCGGCACUGAGCUACAAAGACGCCAUUGUGGCUGCAAACUCCACUCGCUUAAAUGUGAGAAGAGACGAACUCUGCAAGAAAGUUUGGGACGGUAUCUGUGUGCCUGGGUCACGGCUGUACCACCUUAUUCCACCAAAGCGCCCGAUUGCCCACGUUUAUGAGUUGCGCAACAAAAACCAUGUAUCACUCUUUAAAUGCCGGACCGAAAGAUUUAAAAAAUCUUUCUUUCCAACAAUGGCGUCUAACGCCCAGUUCUUGUAGUCAAGCAAACCUAAGCGUUUUUCAUUGGUAUAUAACUACUGACUCUUGUAAUUCCCAGUCCCCUUAGACUUUUAAUUUUAAAGUCAAAUGUAAGAUUGUCGUAUUUUUUAAAUAUUUAAAGUAUACUUGUAAAUUCACAUGUAUUUCACCACUGGGGUGCUAUUUUUGAAUACUUUUAAUAAACCCUUAAAUCUAAUCUAAUAUUAUAAUAAAAAGAACACCACAAGCAAAAACAUAUUAACAAAAUAACAGAUACAUGUAGAAUGAUCAAAUCACAAUGGUUUGGGCUUUUGUUGUAAAAGGGACUAAUGUUAUGAUUCAGUAAGUCAAAAUGAUUAUUGUAUUUAACCCUUUCACUCCCAAGAUCUUGUUAGAAAUUCUCUUUACUGUCAGUUACACAAUUCUUAUGAUGUUACUUUGGAGAAGUUGGUAUUGCAUCAACUAAUAAUCCCUAAUGGAUAUUUUCCUUUAUUCUCAUCACUUGUCUGCUUGAUAUUGUAAUGAUAUUGUAGGGAGAAAUUCUGUCUGGUCACUUCUGGGAGUUAAAGGGUUAAGUGUCUUUAUAAUGACCUUUACUAAGUUGCAGCUUCACAUGAAAAAUUUUAACAAAUUUAGUUAUAAAACUCAUUUUGUGUUUUUUUUUUGUAGGAUUGGAAUAAAGGAAGCAGUAAGGGUAGUUUCUUUAUUGACAGAUAUGGAAUGAUUUCAAGUCAUCAUUAUAAACUGCACCUCACAAAGGACUCUGAAGUCUUUGUUACCAUCCAAUCUACUAAAAACAAGAAAGGUGCUAGUAUGUGACUCAUUUAAUGUGUUUUCCAAAUUUGAAUAUCUGCUCUCCCAGUGUUAAACAAGUUGUUGUUGGCUGUCGUGGUCAUGUAGAUGAAUUAAUGAUUACUUGUAUUUCUUGCAUUGUAGAGUAAGGCUAUCAACUGUAUUGACUGUGACUUUGCAACUGCUAUACUGCUAGUCUUUGUCAGAUAACAAAGCUUCUUCUUUUGAUUCAGUCACUAACAUGCUAACCAUCAUCACAUCAUUCAGCAAUCUUCCACUUUUAAUAUUUGUGUACGGGCAAAAAACUUUCAAUGGAUGAAGGGGGUAACUUUCUAAAGAAACUGUGGUGCUGCAUCAAUUGGGGUAUUUCAGGAUAAUUUGCUUGGAUGAAUGAAGUUGGCCACAGUAAAGAGUUUCAAAAGCUGAUGUUACAAGUGUUAGCCCUUCAUCAGAGUGAAUGGAGCAGCUGUCUCCAAUGUUAAGAUAGUUACAUUUUUUAGUUCAGUUCAGUUCAGUUCAUAACAUAAUGCUGUUUCAUUUCUGACUUAGCAGAUCAACUGAAAACAAUAGACAUGGCAGUGUUUUGUGUAGACAAGAAUUCAGAACUGGUUACAUUUACAGCAUCCAAGCUUGGACCAGUGAGUAUUGAUACAAAAUGAUAAAGCUUUUUUCAAGAUCUGUGAAGUCCGGUCAGUCUGGCUGUUUACAAACUAAUAUUCAGUAGACAUUUUGUUAAGUACAGUCAAAUCUGUAUUAAGCAGUUACCCACGGGAAAUGGCAGAGUGACUGCUAAAUACGAAUUAUGGUGGUUUCGCCUAUGGGUCAUUUCGCCUAUGUCUUGAGUUGAUUCCCCUUCGUCCAAUAUGUCAGUUCAUGUACGUUUUAAACUCCGUACUAUAACAAUCAUUGUAUAAAACAGUUGAUUCAAUUGAAAAAAAAUUGAUGUUGAAUUGGCAGCAGGUGCAUUACUUUCUUCAUUACUUAACAGAGGGAAGAGAUAAAGGAAUGAUGUUUCUAUAUUAUGCUAUCAAGUUUGCUUUGAAAGAAUCAAGUUGUAGUAAAUCAGAUCAAUGAUUAUAGCAUUGAUGAUAGCGUUGAUUGUCAUACUGAUUUUUCAAUAAAUGAACUACCAUGCCUUUUGAAUGAUAUGUUAGUGAAAGUCUCACCUCAUAUUUUUUUCAUCCAGCUAAAUUUGCAGAUCAUGUGAAAGCACACGAACUAACAAAACACUAAUUUAUAAAGUUCAUGAUAGAACAAAUCACAACAUCAAAAUAAACAUUGAACUGGGAAGUAAAAUGGGAACAAGCUAAUUUCUUAAGUACCUUGUCCUUUUGAAUGAUAUGAAUGAAAAGUCUGGGACCUUCUUUAGUAUAGGCUGCUCAAGUCACAAGUCUACACAAAUAAUGCCGUAACUGUUAUAUAUAUAUUUUUCAUCUAUAUAAUUAGCUAAGUUUGCAGAUUGCGUGAAAGUGCUUGAACUAACAGUCAAAACAUUAAUUUAUGAAGUCCCAUCUCCUUUAGUAUAGGCCGCUUAAGUCACAAGUAAACACAAAGACUGUAAACGGUGUUUUAUUUCAUCUUAAUACUCAGUUUUUCUGCAAGGUUCAACAUGGACUUUUAAACAAUUCCGUUUUUAAAGCUUUUAUGUAUUAAUUGUGGGCAAAUGGACGUAUUGGACGUAGGUGAACCAACUUUAGACAUUGGCAAACAGACGGUGGGCGAAACAACUGAUUGCCCUAAAUACAGGUUCCACAGAAUAGGAGUCAAAUGGGAUUAAAAAAUGCAUUCUGUCCUAACAGUGCUAAGAAAAAUAAUUAUAGUUUAAUCAGUGAACUGUUUGUUUAAUUUUAGUGAGGCAAUUGGAAACAAGUUCUCUAAGCAUUUCAGAUCCAGCCCUCUUACUGGGAUCUGUAACAAAUGUCAUUUUGCCUUCCCCUUAGCAGCUUUCAUCGAUCCAGAAUUCUUUGACCAUUGACUGCUCAAUACAGGGUGACCACUUAAUAAUGUUGCUAAAUACAGGUUCAACUAUAAUAUUAUUUUGCUUUUUUUGUAGAAAUUUUGUUUUCGCUGUGAGCUGGAAGGAGGGACAUACAGUUUGAUAACUUUCACUACUGGUUGUCGACUCUCCAUUAGAAAAGCAGAACCUGCCAAACAAGUGAAACUUACCACAGGCCAUGGAGAAAACCUCCAGCUUAGCAAGAUAUUUGAGUAAAUAAGUUUUAAUGUUUUUUUUUUUUUAUCCAAAUUUGUAAAUUCAAUACUCAUAUACAUGAAUCAAUUUCAUCAUUGUGAUUAGCUAAGAGAAAUGCAUUUUUUCGAGUAACACAAUGCAGAAGAAAGUUAAUUCAGUGCAAAAGAAGGUAACUGUUCAGCCAAGCUUUAAAAUUUUUUUGUGCCCUUAGAAGAUACGAGAGAAAUUUGAUUACAGAAUGGUGUGUGAACUUUUUUGAUUCUGUUUUACAUUUUUACAGAGAAGCACUGUCUGAAAUCUUUGACAGUUGUGACCUUGAUGGGAAUGGAUCUUUAAGUAGAGAAGAAUUCGACUUGUUCCAGUUUAAAUCUGGUGGAGACCUUUGUGAUGAUGAUGCAUGGGAAAUUAUGAAAGGUAAAUCUCCACAUAUCAUUUUCUGGCCCAGGAAAGUCAUGGAAAUUCAGUUUGGGUCAUUAAAAGGCUUGGAAAAUAAUUGAAUUUGGUACUUUUUGAGAGCAAAAAGAAAAAUGCCUUCUUACAUGAUCAUGAUCAUGUUCACCUUAUUCUGGGAGCAACCCCUUGAUCAUAAGUCAUGGAAAAUAUAAAAAGAAUUCCCUUAAAAAGGCUUGGAAAGUUAUAGCUUUUCUACCAUCCAUUAUUACAGCUGUGGGUUAUGCUUUUCAGAUAAUUUUGAAAUGGAGGAUGAUGAGAUAACUCUGAAAGGAUUCCUGGACCUGAACAUGAUGGAAGCACAAGAUGCAGAUGGUGAUCCUAACGACUUAUGGCUGACUCUUGAAAACAUGGGCUAUAACAAAGCUCUUGAGUUAGAUCAGGUAAAUUAUUAUUACUCACAGCAAUUAACAAUGAGUGUGUUAAAAGUAAUUAAGGAUUACAUUGUAUUUUGCUACCAAGUGAUUAUUCUUUAAAGCUUCUUUAUGCCACACUGUUAACAAAUCAAAUACAAAAUGAAAAUCAGCCAUAUUGUAGAGGCCAGCUAUACUUGGCAAAAAUAUGACACAAUUACUCAUACGCAUGCAGUGAAUAUUUGUUUUCUUUAUGACGUCAACUAUAACAAUGUACACAUAAGAAACAGUCAGUAAUUCAAACUGAUUGCAUUCUUAUAGACAGUGUCUACAGUGUAUAUAAAUGUUGCAAAUUAAACCAACAUUUGCCUUGGUUGUACACUUUUUAUUUUUACAUGUAUGAGGUUUUUUACAUGCAUUUUUCAAUUCUUAUGAUAUCCUUAGAGGAAUUAACCUUUUUCCUAUUACCCACAGAUGGAGCUCGUAGCUAACAGGUUUGGUGGAGUCAAUUGGUUAAUUUUUUUUCUCUCUUUUUUGUAGGCAAAUCCGUUCUUGCUUGAGGUGUACUGUAACAGGUGCAGGCCAUCAAUUCAAGUAAAUUCAGUGGUGGAGAACAAAAAUGAAGCUGUGCAUAAAGCUGUAGUAUCAUCAGUGUUAAACAAUGUUACCAAAAAGGAGAAUAUAAAAGGGAUGAGGGACCUGGUUUUGUUCAAGUAUGAAAGUUCCAUUAGAGUGACCCUGGUGUUGCAGAAUAUGGUGAGAAUUAAGAACAAAUAUUCAGCUUUAGUUUGAAGUUUAGACUUAAGUAGUGCUUUUUUCAACCUGUGUACAAAAUCCAUCUACAAAAAAAGAGACUAGAGUCCAAACUCCAUAGAAAAUAUGUAUUUAACUUGUUUAAUGAACCACAAUAUUUGGCUGAAAUACAAAGUCCAAAACUUCUUAAAUUUCCAAUCAAAAGGGUAACGAAUUUACAUGAAUGAAAGCUCAAAAACAACUGACUAAAACUCAGCAAAAACAAACUAAAAGUAUGCAAGUCAGUUUUCCAUAUUGGCUAAUUUAUGAAAUAAAUAAACCUAUACACAACCCACAAUUCCUCCAAAUGCUCUGAUGAAGGGCUAAUGCUUGAAAUGUCAGCCUUUUAACUCUUUAUGGUGGCCAAUUUACGUUAUCAACUCAGUUGAUAACUCUAAAUAAUCUUGUGAUGUCAGUUUGGAGAAUUUGGUAUUGGAUCAACCUAUAAUCCCCUUACUGAUAUUUUCUUUAUUCUCAUCACUUGUCUGCUUGAUAUGGUAUUGAUAUUGUAAGGAGAAAUUCUGUCCUGAUCACUCUUGGGAGUUAAAGUGUGAAGGAAAAAAAUGUUUUUUGUCUUGUCAGGAGUAUCAUGGGACAUGACUAAGAAAAUUUCUGAGUUCCCACAAGGAAUUGAACUUCAGAACUCCAGCAUGGACCCAAAUGUCUGAGGUUCAAUUCCUUAUGGGUUCUCAGAAUUUUUUUCUUGGUCCCAUACUCAUGGCAAGAAGAAAAAAAACAUCUUCUUUCUUUGCUACCAAGCUCAAAAUUUAUCAACUUUUUUAUUCAAAUUCUCAUAAUAUUAUCCCUAAAAAAUUUGGCUUUAAAUCAUAAUACUUGGUAGGUGAUAUUUUUUCUUCUUCUCAUUACCUUUCUGCUUGAAAAUCUGUUGAUAUGGUGGGGAGAAAUUUCUUUUUGAUCACUCUUAGGAGUGACAAGGUUACUAAUGUUACAGGUGUGUCUGUUACCAGUCCCACAGUGAUGUUGUUGUCAGAGUUGACUGUCGCUCCAGCAAGAAUUGUUUAAGCCACAGAGGUGAUCUGGACUACACAAUCCAACUAGAUGCUAACAGCACCGAGGUAAAUAUCAUCUUUUGUAGGUAA